AUGAAAUUAGGAUUAGAGAACAAUCCACUUAAAAUUGAAGAACUAAAUGUAUCUAGAACAACAAUUACCAAAUUAGUACAAAACGAACUAUUUUAUGAAGAAAUAAAGGCAUUAAAUGAAUCAAGAGCUAUCCCUAAAGGAAGUGGAAUUUUGAACUUAAAUCCCUUCCUUGAUAAAAACGGUAUCUUACGUGUAGGUGGUCGACUUCAAAACUCCUAUUUACCUUACAGUCAGCGGCAUCCAAUCAUCCUCAAGGAUCAACAUCACUUUUCAAAACUAAUUGCAUGCGAUGCUCAUCAACGCACUCUACAUGGCGGACAGCAAAUCAUGAUGGCAGAUAUUCGAAACUAUUAUUGGAUAACCAACCUUAAACGACUAGUAAAAUUUACAAUACACAAAUGUGUAAGGUGUCAUAGACAUGAUGCUAUAAUGCAAAACCAACUAAUGGGAAGCCUUCCAACUGAACGUGUUAUAAUCACAAGACCUUUUACAAAUACUGGUGUGGACUAUGCUGGACCUGUUGAGAUUAAAAUGUGGAAGGGUAGGUGUAACAAAUUCUCAAAAGGGUACAUCGCCGUAUUCGUAUGCCUAUCUACAAAGGCCUUACAUCUUGAAUUGGUCAGUGAUUUGACCGCAGCAACCUUCAUAGCUGCUUAUAGGAGAUUCGUAGCCAGGCGCGGAAUAUGCAACAACUUAUUUAGUGAUUGCGGAACUAACUUCAAGGGUGCAAGCAAUGAUCUCAAAAGAGACAGUAAAUUCAUAACUUCUGAAUGGUCAUCCACAGUUUCAAAAACUCUGGACACGCUCUAUACCACUUGGCACUUUAAUCCUCCACUAUCCCCCCAUUUUGGUGGACUAUGGGAGGCAGGGGUGAAAUCCAUUAAACAUCACCUUAAAAGAACAAUUGGCACUGCGAAGUUAACUUUUGAAGAAUACUCUAAAUUACUAACUCAAAUUGAGGGGUGCCUUAACUCACGACCUCUUUGUCCAAUGACAUCUGAUCCAAAUGAUCUCAAUGUCUUGACACCAGGACACUUCCUUAUUGGAGGUCCACUCAAUAUUUUCGGAAGCAGUGGAGCACAAGCUAUCUUCACUUGCUUCAACAACGACCAAAAUGGUUACAACAAAAACCAAACAUCAAUGUUGGAGACAUUGUCAUAG